GGAAGAAAGGCUACCGGGAAACUUUCAUUUAUACUGCUUCUCGCUAGUAUAGACAAGGUCAGUGUUGGCCGCCUUGUCCGUCAGAUACAACACUAUAAACAUACAUACAGCUGUACGUUACAGGUAUAUUGGAAAGUUACGGAGAAGGCUGAUCUACUAUCGGGGACAUUUGUUGACAAAUAUACCGUCAUGUGUAUGAUGGGAAUGUGAGGGUCAGGUGUAUUUAUGACAUGUAGUCUACAAUAUACGUGAAAAUGAUUCAAUGUUUUGUAUAACUGGAAUAUACAGGAUAUAAGUUACCAUGAUCGUCGUAUUUCGUCCACGGAUUCUUAUCGUACGUCAUCCUCUGCUAGUAUUUACACCGAAGGCGAUGUGCAGUGUGCUGGUUUGACCUGAAUCGGCGGAUUUAGCUACAGCUAUACAGACCAGGCAUAUUGAGAGAUCGGCAGAGUGUACAGAGAAGAUGGAGUAGUAUAUGAGCAAAUAUAUCGUAUUAUCAGUUUAUUUAGAAAGGCAUUUUCAUUUUAACAUUUCGGCGCCAAGAGGGAUUUGAAUGGGCACUGAAAAGGAAAACUGACGAGUUUAUACAUAAAUAUCUUUACACAUCAUAUACAGUGCAUAAUUGAAAUAUUAUACAGCGGGAGUAGACUGUGUUAAGUGCAUAUUAAGGUUUUUGCUGAAUGAUACGGCUGCUGGAAAGUAUUUUGUGUCGAUAUCGAACAACAUAGCAGCUGGUAUUUCAGUGAAGGGAGAGAAAAAGGAUACAUAUACAUGGGUAUAAUAUUACCGGGAUUUAUAACUCGAUAUUGAAGUAACACAUACGGUGUACAUGCUUGGAAUGAUUAUUACACUACGUUUUGUAACAAGUUGUACAAAAACUCGUAAAGGCGUGCGUCUUGUUGCUGGAUUUAACACCAGUGCAGCUGUGUGUGUGUGAUCGCGCGCUAGGGUUCGUCACCCGUGAAUAAUUACCUCCAAGUGCAGUUCAAGCUAUUCUACUUCACAACAACAACAAUGGCUGUUACCAGCCUGAACGGGACGGAGCAGACGAUAUCGGCAUUUGUGCAGGAUAUUAUCAGGUAUGCGCGUCAAAAGGUCGAGGACGGUGAAGGGAAUAUAAACAAAAUGGAGGAAGGAAGUGAUGAAUCACGAGACUUGACCACUUCCGGUCAUCUGUGCAACGGGGACGCCACGGAAGAAGAGAUCCGGGAUAAAGACGAACAGACACCUCCUCCUUCUGGUGUAAGUAAUGUUGUUAUUGACAAAAGUCAACAGGUCAACGGCAUCGGUGAUGACACCCAGCCAGAAUGUCUGGACUGCCAGGAACAACUCAUUGCGCCGAGGGCGGAAGUGGAACAGUUUAUAGCUCCACGAGCGGAAGUUGACGUCACAGAUCUCGACGAUCCAGAAAUUAUUGAAAGUCAGGACCAGAAGGAUGCAGAUCUUUUAGAAACAACCCCAAUAACGACACACGAUAACAACGAAAAUGAUGAUGAUUCUCCUCCAGAGGCGAUAAUGGUUGUCCACCCUAAUGGUAACACACAGACCGUUGUUGACUACAUAAAUGACAUCAUCGAGGCAGCACGUAAGCGCGCGUGCGAGGAGGCGACCGACGACCUUAACACGACGUCAAAGAAAGGAAAGAAAAAGAAGAAAUCUGGAGACGCAGGUAAACAAGGAUCCAGACGAGGUUCUAGCCGGUCAGGCGCAGUUAGAGAACUCAUAACGAGGCUCUUCCGGCGUGACGACAGUGACAACACCUCCGAAGGUAAUGGUUUGGCCCACUCACAGCCGGACACCUCACCACAGGGAAACUCCACUCCAGACAAGGCGCAACCAAAGAAAAAUAAAUCCAACAAACGACCUCAUUUUAAAAAUAUUUUGUUUCAAAAGAAACAAAAGUAUCAAGUUUCAACCGAGGCUCUUGCCACGGACGAAAAUUCAAGGGAGAAAAUCAAGAAAAGACACAAGGUUAGCAGAGCUAACAGUUUCGGAAAAUCUUUACGGAAUAUCCUGUCGUGUUCAUCAUCCGUUACUACAGUGUGAAUUAUCAUCGUCCAUUGUCUCAUCGUCCGUUACUACAGUGUGAAUUAUCAUCGUCCAUUUGCUCAUCGUCCGUCACAGCAAUGUGUCCUCAUCAAAUACACGCUUUUCUUUCAAUUAUUUUAAACAAUAAGUGUCACCUUUUACGCUUGACGUACCCACAAUCCUCGCCGAGCAUGCGCAGUUUUCAUUGAGUAAAACUACUGACAAUUGGUGGUAUGAUCCAGGGGAGGUAACUGUAUUAUAUGUUGUGCCACAGAUUAAACACACCGAGUAUAAGUCCCGUUUUAAUCAGAUUUGUACAUACCUAACGUGUGAAUCAGAGAACGUAUGUUUUCCACGACAGGAUUUCAAUGAUGAAUUCUCUGUCAUCUUUAAUGCCACAUUUCAGACAUUUGUAUCAAUUCUCCGCUUUGAUAAGAGAACACAAAAGUUGUUAAAUGAGACAUGGCAAAGGUGAGUUUUAAGAAACUGUGAUUUGUUUUGCUUUCAUGAGGUUUGGACGUCCAUAUGCUCGUAUUAGGGGACUUUUGGAAAAGUUAUCUCUUGUUUGGAUUGAACAAUUCAACUGUAAGGUCUAUGAUCAAACCAGAUAAGGAUGAAAUAAAAUGAAAUCAGAUUAUGUCUGCAUGGGACAAGAUAACACACAAGAUGUUUCCUUAAAGAUGCUUGAUCAUAUUAUAAUGCGUGUGAAUAUAUAUUUGUAUUUUCAAUGAAAUCAGAAAUCUCUAUUUUUGUAAACUUUUAAUGUUGAUAAUGUAAUUGUACGAAAGUCACCAAAGUUUUUUUCACAUAAGAUGAUAUGUAAUACGGAAAUUUAGAAUGAAAUUCAGAGCAUUUUAUAAUGGGUCAUUUAUGUAAGGCCUUUAAAAUCCAGUUUAUGAUCUUACGAUUAAAGACCGAAUGAUUUCUUUUACUAUGAUAGAUCUCAUUUCAUUUUAUUUAUUUUUAAUUUCCUGAUAAUCUUUUAAAGAAUAGGUAAUGUAGAGUUUAAUUUCGAUAUUUUUCAGUUGAUGUGCCAGCUGGUUGUAGUCAACCUUUUAGCCAAUGUUUUGUGGUUCGUAGGGACAAUUCCUUAUAAUAUUGAACAUUUGUGUUAAACAUUUAUAAAUGUGUAUGGUAUGAAAUUAAUAUAAUAACAUUUAUCAUUUUAAGUUGUAAUUGUUCCUGGUCCUUUAUGAAGUAUUUCUUUUAUGACAUAUAAAAAUCAAUUUCAUACCUUUUAUACAAAAAUGAGGAAAUGAAUCUAUAUUUCUACUUUCUACGUUCAUAUUGCAAAGGGAUUAUUUGUGGACUUUUGACAAUGAUAGCAUGAUUAUAAUGAUAAUAUUACCGGGUUGUUGUGUUGUACCAUCUUUGAAAAUUUUAGUUUAUUUAGUUGAGCAUUUAAGGAAAGUAAAGAUGUCCUAUAGCUUAGUUAGUUUCUAUAUUGCUAUCCCUGACAGUAAUUACCCACAACACAUCGCCCUACUAUCUAACUAGGGGAGGUAACUACUACAACACAUCGCCCUACUAUCUAACUAGGGGAGGUAACUAUUACAAUACAUCGCCCUACUAUCUAACUAGGGGAGGUAACUAUUACAACACAUCGCCCUACUAUCUAACUAGGGGAGGUAACUAUUACAACACAUCGCCCUACUAUCUAACUAGGGGAGGUAACUAUUACAACACAUCGCCCUACUAUCUAACUAGGGGAAGUAACUACAACACAUCGCCCUACUAUCUAACUAGGGGAGGUAACUACUACAACACAUCGCCCUACUAUCUAACUAGGGGAGGUAACUAUUACAACACAUCGCCCCACUAUCUAACUAGGGGAGGUAACUAUUACAACACAUCGCCCUACUAUCUAACUAGGGGAGGUAACUAUUACAACACAUCGCCCUACUAUCUAACUAGGGGAGGUAACUAUUACAACACAUCGCCCUACUAUCUAACUAGGGGAGGUAACAACACAUCGCCCUACUAUCUAACUAGGGGAGGUAACUACUACAACACAUCGCCCUACUAUCUAACUAGGGGAAGUAACUACUACAACACAUCGCCCUACUAUCUAACUAGGGGAGGUAACUAUUACAACACAUCGCCCUACUGUCUAACUACGGGAGGUAACUAUUACAACACAUCGCCCUACUAUCUAACUAGGGGAGGUAACUAUUACAACACAUCGCCCUACUAUCUAACUAGGGGACGUAACUAUUACAACACAUCGCCCUACUAUCUAAGGGAGGUAACUAUUACAACACAUCGCCCUACUAUCUAAGGGAGGUAACUAUUACAACACAUCGCCCUUCUAUCUAAGGGACGUAACUAUUCAUCACUGCGAGUGCUGUGUUACAACAUGGCGCUUACAUGAGAUGUUUAAAUUUAGACAUAUUUGAAAUGAGGUUGAUCCUGAGUUAUAUAAAAAUAAUAAAAUGAAUCCAAAGAGAGAAAACGAAUACCUAGAAAGGAAAUGUGAAUCUAGGCGGGUAAUGUAGGCGGGUAAUCUAGGCGGGUAAUGUAAAAUUCCAUAUCACUUUCAUUAAAACCUGUAUAGACAAUAUGUAUAACGUUACACGUCAUAUUAACAUUGAUGUACAUAUCAAAUGAGCCAUGAAUGAUGACGACCCCUUUCAUUAUAUAACUACAAGAUGACGUCACAUUAUAUGUACGUACAUAUCACGUGUAUCUGUAGCCUUGACCUUUGUCCUAACUUAUCGAUUUAUCCCCCUUCGUCAAUGAUGCUCCGUUUAUGUCAAUGGCAACACCUCGGGGACAUUUCCGGCAAUCUUCGGAAAAUCGAUUUCGGAAGAUUACCGGAAAUAUCCCCGAAAUAUAGCCGUUGCAUUAAAGUAUUAUUCUGUGGUUGCUGGACUAACUGACGAAAUCCCGCGAGGUCAGGCGUUUUUACUUCCGAGCCCAGUCAUCUUGGAACAUGUGUGUUUUAUAUUAUCUUUCUUUACGUUUGAUGUUUUAAGCUAAACAUGAGCUUUUUCAUACAGUUAUCAUGUCACUGUAUAUAAUGUUUUUUAGGGGAUUUUGAUGAUCUUUGUUGCAUUAAAGUAAAAGAUAAGUAGCUUGAACAAUAAUUGUGUAAAAUGAUGAUAAAAUUGAAAGGAUGCAUUUCACUAAAAUGAUUUUGUUAAACUGUUCAGAAAUCUUUAUUCUAAAGUUGUCUUUUUUUUUAAUUUUUUUCCAGUUUUUACAGAUUUCAUAAUUGGAUUAUUGAUACAAAUUAACUGUUUACAGAUUAAUCACAAUAUACAAUGUGUACUUGUCGAGUUAACAAAGUAACUGUUCCAUAGAAUUAAGGUUUCCGAGCCCUGAGAUCAAACGAACAUGUCCGCCAUGUGUGAAGGUCCUUACAGUUUUACCUGCACCUUGUUGUUCCAAAGUACUGUAUAAAGCAUUACUUCACGAAGAAUAAAAUGUUGUUUUUGAAAUAUGAAA